CUCACAUACAAAUCUUCCAUUAAUUACAGGUUGGAGCACAUCUUCUAUAUACUUUCUGUGACAACCCUUCGAGUCCGAUUCCAAAAGAUAUUUUGGAGAAGAAGUCUCUUGCAUACUUACGCUAUCUAAAAUCUGUUAUUGUGGCCAACCUGAUCGGAGUGAAACGGCCUGGAUUUUGAUGUAGAAGCUCUAGACACUGUUUCCAAACCACGUUGAAAACUCAAAUUUGUUACGUGUGUUCACAUGGACACGUGCGCCUGGUUUUGAUGUUAAGGCUCCACACGCGAGCCUUAUGGAACGAGCCUAAACGUAAACUUUCAUUUCUUAAGCUUUGCUAACUGUGUGCUAAUAUUUCGUUGACAUCCCAUGAAUGGUAGGUGUAGCCACCUUCGGUUGCUUUAGCAUGUACAUAGGUCUUUGAUAGGUCCGUGCCUAACACCCACAUGUCUGUUUAGUAAAUAACUGUUACCUAAAAUAGGAUUGACUAAAGAAAAACCCAUUGUUAGACCACUUUGUUGGCCCACUUGAUUAUCCACUAGAGCGCGUUGAUUUCCAUAACCAUUUGAUUGAAAUUAGCAGGUGGGUCUAGCUUGUUAGAUAAUCCUACCCACAACAGUCCUUAAUUAGAGAAAUUAAAUAUUCCAAUAAGAACAUGGGAAGCAUGUUAGCAAACGGAUUUGAAGAUAAUAGUGUUUCUGCGUUGAAUUUUGCUCUUGCGCGUGGAACGGCAGCGUUUUCCUUCCUAACUGAAUGCUACUUAUACUUGUUUGCACAACAUCAAAUCCAUCAUUCCGAAUUUCGUUCUCCUUUAUUUUCAUUUACCACCUUGUUCACACCCUCUCUUCAUCCCUACAUUGGGCUAAUCAAGGUUUUAGUUUCUACUAUUUUUUUUCCCAUUCUGUUAUGGAACGAGUGUUACCAAUCCAACCCGCAACUUACGGAAACCUAAUAACCAUUCUAAGCAUUGAUGGAGGCGGCAUAAGAGGAAUAAUCCCAGCAACAAUUCUCAGCUUCCUCGAGUCACUACUUCAGGAAAUGGAUGGUGAGGAUGCAAGACUUGCAGAUUAUUUCGAUGUGAUCGCUGGGACCAGCACAGGUGGCCUUAUGACUGCCAUGUUGACUGCGCCAAAUGAAAUCAAUCGUCCACUGUUUGCAGCCAAGGAUAUCAUGGCCUUCUACCUUAAUCACUGUCCCAAAAUCUUCCCACAAUACAGAGGGCCAUUUUCUUCACUUGCAACAAUAUUCAAAGAAGUAUUAGGACCAAGAUACAACGGCAAAUAUCUUCAUGGACUUGUAAGGGAAAAACUAGGAAAAACAAAGUUGCACCAGACGUUGACAAACAUCAUUAUUCCAACUUUUGAUAUCAAGCUUCUCCAGCCUGCCAUCUUCUCCACCUAUGAGGUAAAAUCAAACCCAUCCUUGGAUGCGCUGCUCUCCGAUAUCUGCAUUGGUACAUCUGCGGCUCCCACAUACCUUCCUGCCCAUUAUUUUGAAACCAAAGAUUCUCAAGGGAAAGUGAGAGAAUUCAACCUAAUUGAUGGUGGUGUUGCUGCUAAUAAUCCGGCAUUGGUCACCAUUGGUGAAGUCACAAAGGAGGUUUCCAAAGGGAACCCGGAUCUCUUUCCUAUUAAACCCAUGGAUUACCGACGGUUCUUAGUUGUCUCAAUAGGAACGGGUUCACCAAAGAAGGAGAAAAAAUACAAUGCGAGUCGCGCAAGCAAGUGGGGUGUUCUGGGAUGGUUGCUUAGCAAUGGUUCCACUCCGUUAGUGGAUGUUUUCACUCAAUCAAGUACUGAUAUGGUUGACAUCCACCUCUCCGUGCUAUUUCAAGCCCUCCAUUCAGAAUCUAACUACAUUCGAAUUCAAGAUGAUACAUUAAGCGGGACUGUCUCAUCCAUGGACAUGGCAACCAAGGAAAACUUAGAUAAUCUUGUGAAGGUUGGCGUGGGGCUGUUGAAGAAACCAGUUUCGAGGGUGAAUUUGGAGACUGGCAUUUUUGAAGCUGUCGAAAACGAAGGAACAAAUGAACAAGUUCUCAGAAGGUUUGCCAAACAGCUUUCAGAUGAAAAGAAGAUUAGGAAGAUGAGAUCACCGCAUACCAAAUCUUUCAAAUCCAAUGGCCAUGAAUUAAAAUUGUAAAUGGGCCCACCUGAC